AUGGCUUCCACUCUGCCUCCUCCUCCGACCUGGAACUACACUCCUGAUGAGGUGUCUUCUCUGACGCAGACUGCCAUUGACAACAUCAAGAAGCUGGAUGACCAGAUUGCUGCCAUUCCGAUCGAGCAGGCCACCUGGGAAAACACCGUGGAGCCCAUGAUCGAGCAGGAAAACGAAGACAAGCUGUCGUCCAAAUUCUAUCUGCUCAAGGAGACCUCGCCCAACAAGGAACUACGAGAAGCAUGCAACGCUGCCGUCAAAGACGUCCAGAAGGCAUCUAUUGAUUCCAGCAUGCGACACGACGUCUACCUGCGUGUCCAGCACGUGUUCAACAACCUGGAGAAGAUCAAGAAGGAAAAGAAGCUGUCUCCCGAGCUGGUUCGAUACCUGGAAAAGUCAGAGCAGGGCUACCGACGAAGCGGACUGGCUCUCGACGAGGCUACUCGAGACAAGGUGUCUGAGCUCAAGAAGCGAAUGGCAGACCUCACCCUGGCAUUCUCCAAGAACCUGGCUGACGACGAGGCCUUUAUUCCCUUCACCGAGGAGGAGCUCGAGGGCGUGCCCAAGGAGGUGUACAGCGAGUUUGCCAAGACCGAUGACGGUAAGUUCAAAAUGUCUUUCAAGUACCCCGAGAUGUUCCCUGUCUUGGAAUACGCCAAGAGCCCUGCGGUCCGAAAGCAGGUGUUUGUGGAGAACGAGAACCGGGCUGCUGAUCUCAACACUCCCCUGAUGGAGGAGACUAUUGCUAUUCGAUCUCAGCUGGCAAAACUUCUGGGCUACAGACACCACUCUGACUUUGUUCUGGACAUUCGAAUGGCCAAGAAGUUUGAGACUGUGCGCGAUUUCCUCGAGGACCUCAAGGUUAAGCUGCGAGUUCUCGGUGAGAAGGACUACAAGUCGCUGCUGGCUCUCAAGAAGCAGGAGUGCAAGGAGAAUGACUGGGACUUUGACGGCAAGCUCCACAUCUGGGACGUCAAGUACUACAACACUAUGCAGAUCAAGAACGACCUGCAGGUGGACCAACACAAGAUCUCCCAGUACUUCCCUCUGAGCCGAAUCUUGUCCCAGGCCAUGGCCUUUUACGAGAAUCUCUUUUCUCUGCGAUUCGAGGAGGUUGCCAACGUCGAGGCCUGGCAUGAGGACGUCAAGCUGUAUCGAGUGUAUAAGCGAGAUGGCCCCUCUGAGCAGUUUGCCGGUUACAUUUACCUGGACCUGCACCCUAGACCCAACAAGUAUGGCCACGCUGCCAACUUUGGGUUCUCUCCUGGCUACUACACUAAGGACGGUAAGCGAGUGCCUCCCUGCACUGCUCUGGUUUGCAACUUCACCAAGCCCACGGCCACUAAGCCUUCUCUGAUGAAGCACAAUGAGGUGACCACCUUUUUCCACGAGCUUGGUCAUGGAAUUCACUCCAUUGUUGCCGACACUCAGACCACUCGGUUCCACGGCACUGCGGUGGCUCGAGAUUUUGUUGAGUGCCCCUCUCAGAUUCUCGAGUUCUGGACCUGGGAGCCUGUGCAGAUCAAGGAGAUUUCCCAGCACUACGAGACCGGCGAGAAGCUGGACGACGCUCUGAUCGACUCACUGAUCCGAUCCAAGCAUGUCAACGAUGGUCUUUUCUAUCUGCGACAGGUACAUUUCGCCUCGUUUGAUCUGGCUGUUCACUCUCGAACCGAAGAGUCUCCUGAGCUCGAUCUGCAGAACCUGUGGAACGGAAUGCGAGAGGAGAUUUCCCUGGUUGGAGGCGACAACGAGAAGAUGGCGGGAUACGCCAAGUUUGCCCACAUUAUGGGCGGCUACGACUCCGGCUACUACGGCUACCUGUGGUCCGAGGUGUUUGCUGCUGACAUCUACUACACUCGGUUCAAGGCCGAUCCCAUGAACCCCAAGGCUGGUCUUGAGUACCGACAGAGCAUUUUGGACCGAGGAGGAUCUCGAGAUGAGAUGGAGGGUCUGCGAGAGGUUCUUGGCCGAGACCCCAACAACGAUGCUUUCCUGCAGGAGCUGGGUGUCUCUGAUCGUGCAAACCUGUAG